AAAAGCCCAUCACGAGAAGCAACAAAGUUUUAUUAUUAGAUCUCGUCUUAUCUCACUCUCCCCGUCUCUCUCACGCAGACUCUUCAAAAGGAGAAGUGAAGCCCAACGCCAAAACCGUAAGCUCACCGCUCUCUCCCAUACCCGCCGAUCUUCUACCGGGGGUUUGCUUGUGGGAAGUUUUGGUGAUUUAGUUGAUAUUUUUUUCUCAGAGAAUAGUGAUGGGUAAAGGAGCCCAAAACUAUGGGAAGAAAGACAACACAGGCAAAGCUUCAUCCUCCGAUUCAAAUAGUUAUGCUGCUUGGGCGAAUGAAACACGUGAAUGUGAAGAGAAAUAUAAGGUGGAUAGAGAAUAUGGUCUAUCAGAUGCAGAAGUUGAGAAACGAUUAGAGAUCCAUGGGUUGAAUGAACUUGAGAAGCAUGAAGGACCAUCAGUUUUCCGUCUAAUUUUAGAUCAGUUCAAUGACACACUAGUUAGAAUCUUACUCGUUGCUGCUGUGAUUUCUUUUGUCCUUGCCUGGUAUGAUGGUGAUGAAGGGGGAGAGAUGGAGAUCACAGCAUUCGUAGAGCCUCUGGUAAUAUUUUUGAUACUAAUUCUUAACGCGAUUGUUGGUGUUUGGCAAGAAAGUAAUGCUGAAAAAGCUUUAGAGGCCCUUAAAGAAAUUCAAUCAGAACACGCAACUGUCAUACGUAAUGGCAGAAAAGUUACAGGCUUACCCGCAAAAGAACUUGUUCCAGGUGAUAUUGUGGAGCUUCGUGUAGGGGAUAAAGUCCCUGCUGAUAUGAGGGUCUUAAAUCUAAUCAGUUCAACACUUAGAAUGGAACAGGGCUCUUUAACUGGAGAAAGUGAAGCUGUUAGUAAAACCACCAAACCUGUUGCUGAAGAGACUGAUAUCCAAGGGAAGAAGUGCAUAGUAUUUGCAGGGACAACAGUUGUAAAUGGGAAUUGUAUUUGUUUGGUUACAGAAACAGGGAUGAAUACUGAAUUAGGAAAAGUGCAUUCCCAGAUCCAUGAGGCCUCACAGAGUGAAGAAGACACACCAUUGAAGAAGAAGUUGAACGAGUUUGGAGACCAAUUAACCAUGCUGAUUGGGAUAAUCUGUGUUUUGGUUUGGCUUAUAAACGUGAAGUACUUCCUCACAUGGGAGUAUGUUGAUGGUUGGCCAACAAAUUUCAAAUUUUCAUUUGAAAAGUGUACUUAUUACUUUGAGAUUGCUGUAGCAUUAGCAGUUGCUGCUAUCCCAGAAGGUUUGCCAGCUGUGAUUACUACUUGUUUGGCUCUUGGGACCCGUAAGAUGGCCCAGAAGAAUGCCCUUGUCAGGAAAUUACCAAGUGUUGAGACUCUUGGGUGUACCACAGUGAUUUGUUCUGAUAAAACUGGCACUCUUACCACCAACCAAAUGGCUGUGGCUAAGCUUGUUGCUAUGGGUCCUAGAGCAAAUGCUGUUAGAUCUUUUAAUGUGGAAGGCUCCACAUAUAAUCCGUUAGAUGGAAAAAUACAAGAUUGGCCAGCUGGCAAAAUGGAUGCUAACCUUCAAACAAUUGCAAAGAUUGCUGCUUUGGCUAAUGAUGCUAGCAUUGAGCGAUCUGACAAAGGGUAUGUUGCUGGUGGAAUGCCUACUGAGGCAGCACUAAAGGUUCUUGUUGAGAAAAUGGGACUUCCUGCAGGUUUGGAUUCUGGUUCAUCUAAAAAUUACAACGACCUUAUGGGUUGUUCUCACGCAUGGAACCAAAACGAGCACAGGAUUGCCACUCUUGAGUUUGAUCGUGAUAGGAAAUCUAUGGGGGUUAUUGUAUCCUCAAACUAUGGGAAAAAGUCCCUGCUUGUAAAGGGUGCAGUUGAGAACUUGUUAGAAAGAAGCUCCUACAUCCAGUUGUCAGAUGGGUCUGUUGUUGAACUUGACCAGAAGGCAAAAUCAGUAAUCUUAGACAGCCUUAAUGAAUUGUCCUCAAGUGCAUUACGUGUAUUGGGUUUUGCAUACAAAGAUGACCCUUCAGAGUUUGCAACAUAUAAUGGGGAUGAAGAACAUGCUGCUCAUAAACUUUUACUCAAUCCUGCCUCUUAUCCUUUAAUCGAAAGUAAUCUAACCUUUGCUGGCUUAGCAGGACUUCGGGAUCCUCCUCGUAAAGAGGUGAGGCAAGCAAUUGAAGACUGCAGAGAAGCUGGGAUUCAAGUAAUGGUGAUAACAGGAGAUAACAAGAAUACAGCUGAAGCAAUUUGUCGUGAGAUAGGUGUAUUUGGUCCAAAUGAGGAUAUAAGUUCAAAAAGUAUAACAGGGAGACAGUUUAUGGAACAUCAUGACCAAAAAGGUCAUUUGGCACAGAAAGGAGGACUGCUUUUUUCUAGGGCUGAGCCACGUCACAAGCAAGAGAUUGUAAGGCUGCUAAAGGAUGCUGGUGAAGUGGUUGCCAUGACUGGUGAUGGUGUGAAUGAUGCACCUGCUUUGAAAUUGGCUGAUAUUGGAAUUGCAAUGGGCAUUGCUGGAACUGAGGUUGCAAAGGAGGCUGCUGACAUGGUUCUGGCUGAUGAUAAUUUUAGCACAAUUGUGGCUGCAGUUGGAGAAGGCAGAUCCAUUUACAACAAUAUGAAAGCCUUUAUCCGGUAUAUGAUUUCUUCAAAUAUUGGUGAGGUUGCUAGUAUCUUUCUAACUGCUGCCAUUGGGAUUCCAGAAGGUCUGAUUCCAGUUCAGCUUCUAUGGGUGAAUCUGGUUACAGAUGGCCCACCUGCAACAGCCUUGGGUUUUAAUCCACCAGACAAAUACAUCAUGAAAAAAGCCCCUCGCAGAAGUGAUGAUUCCUUGAUUAGUCCUUGGAUUUUAUUCCGAUAUCUCGUGAUUGGACUUUACGUAGGGUUAGCAACCGUGGGCGUCUUCGUCAUUUGGUUCACUCACAACUCUUUCCUCGGCAUCGACCUCAGCGGAGACAAUCACAGCCUAGUCACCUUCUCCCAGCUCAGAAACUGGGACCAGUGUAAAUCAUGGGAGAAUUUUACGGUUUCGCCCUUCAAAGCCGGUGACCAAGUUUUCAAUUUCGAUUCCAACCCUUGUGACUACUUCCAUACCGGAAAAGUCAAAGCCAUGACCCUAUCCCUUUCCGUAUUGGUCGCAAUCGAAAUGUUUAAUUCCCUAAACGCCCUUUCAGAAGACGAGAGCCUGUUGACCAUGCCACCAUGGGUCAACCCAUGGUUACUUCUUGCAAUGUCAAUCUCAUUUGGGCUUCAUUUCUUGAUUCUAUAUGUUCCUUUUCUUGCCCAAGUUUUUGGGAUUGUGCCUUUAAGUCUGAAUGAGUGGCUGUUGGUGUUGGCGGUUGCUUUGCCUGUUAUUUUGAUCGAUGAGGUCCUUAAGUUUGUGGGUAGGUGGACAAUUGGGGCACAAACGAGGGCAAAAUCGUCUAAGCACAAGGCAGAGUGAGUGAUACCACAAGGUUGGUUCAGUCAGUGAAAACAAAACUUGCUGAUAUUUCUUAUAAUGCUCGCAAUCUUUAAGACCUGGUAUUGUGGCAUUGAUUUAUUAUACUAGUUUUGAUUUCUGAUAGAAUUAGAAAACUAUUUUUCUUUAUGUUUUCAGUAUUAGUUUUUGAAACAAAACUGGAACAUAUUAAUACCAUGUUCUAUCAUGUCUUCCUUUGUUGCAA